UGCUGGGAAGUCCGGGCUCACCAUGCUGAGCGGCAGACACAAAGAACACGCGGGCAGGAGAGGACAUCCAGGCGGGAGUGCGAUAUAGAUAUCACCAGAGAAGAUGCACGAGGAGGUUCAGCUUGGGGCGUCUUACAUCGUAAGGCUGCUCAAUCGUCACCAAAAACUGGACAGCAAGCAAGUGGAAAAGUUUACGGAGACUUUGACAUCCAUCCUGUGCGACAAAUUCGAAGGGCAUUGGUACCCGGACAGCCCGCAGAAGGGACAGGCCUACAGGUGUGUAAGGAUCGAGAAAAACCUCUUUUUGGAUGACUCUGUAUUACAGGCCUGUGUCAGGAGUGGCCUGCGCUGCUCACAGCUUGCUCUGCCCAAACACAUGUCCAUCUGGAUUGACCCCAAAGAGGUCAGCUGUAGGCUUGGAGAGAGCUGCAGCCCCUUUAUUGUGAAGGCUUUUGAGCCCGAAAAACCCAAGAAGGAUCAAAGCUUAGACAAAUCGGACCUGGAGACCUCAGACUAUCACUCUGAUGGCUCAGACACCACGGGAUCGCCAUCGGAGUGCUCCAGCGAGGAUGAGGAAAGUGUGAUCAGCAAGGACAAGAAGACCACCCCAGGGAUAGACACCCAAAAACUUGGUGCCCAAUAUUACUACAGCCCAGCUCCAGCGUCCACAGUCUACUACCAAUAUCCCAGAAAUCCUUUGAGCUUCAUUCCAACCUACCAGCCCAUGACGGUCUACUACUUGGUCCCGAAGUACUAUCACAACAUGAGGACUAAGGGCGGAUAUCGUAAAUGGAAGACCAAGAAGUCCCCACCUCCCGCCAAAAGCUAAACUGUGAUUUGUACGGACCCUUGCGAUUCAACCGCUAGAAGACCUCAACUAUUCACCUCUUGGAAGAUGAUUUGGAGCCAAUGGAGAUCAUCUCACCAGUUGACCUUCUCGAAAGCUGAACCUGUUUUUGAAGGUCCAAACCUGAUUUUUUUUUGUGCAAAACUCCAGAAAGAAACUACUGAGACAUUUUUUUUGAUUAAUUUAUUAACACAAAGUCUCCGCUCAGGAGCAUGGCUGAUAACGCACUGGAAGUGAUUUAGGAUGCCAUAGUACAUAGCUAAACACCAUAAGAGGUAUUCCUAUACGGGUGAUAGACACCUCACCUGAUAUUUGGUGGUGAUGAGGAAGUGGGAGCACCGAGAUAUAAUAUCUAAGACAAGCACAGUCAUGUUCAGGGGCAGACUGACCAUUGGGACUCUCGUGCAAUGCCCGAGGGCCCCAUGCCACUAGGGGGCCCCAUCGGGGUU